CAUAGAGGCCCCAGCUGCCCUGGCCAGUAGUGCCCUCAGGCACACUACAGAAGCUCCCUGUGCCCAUGGGGCCUUCUCAGCUUGCCCGUGCCCCUCGGCCCCGGGGCUUAAGAUUCCGCUACCGCAGGCCAGGGAUGGGCUGGCCUAGGCCUCGAUUUCCCAGGAUGUUCAAGUGUAGCCGUAGAAGGUAUCGGCAGAAACCCCAAGGCAGAACUCCUACCACUGCAGCCACCAAUUUUGCCACCCUGGCCACAGAUAUCAACAACACUCACACCGUCACCACCAGUGUGUGGAGCCUUCCACCACCAGUUCUCAGACACCUCUGUCAACCUGGCAGCUUUCUGAUCUUCUAGAAAUGUCCAGAAACUAGUCCAGAAGCUUGGCUGUCUCCGGACCUGUAUCUCCUAAGGGCCCUGGGUGGUUAACAGCAGACAAAUACAAUCAAUUCUGCUCCAA